UGUUAUAAAUAUCAAGCAAAACUUUGUUAUUUCUUUUGCUUCUUUAUUCAAAUUAAUAAUUUUUCAACGACAUGAAGUUUGCUGUCGGAAUUAUUAGCUUAACUAUUCUUUCUUUACAAUUAAUACACGCUGCCGAUGUUGAAUAUUCUGUUGUAGCAUUCCCAGGAGAUAAACAAAGUGUCUCUGUCAUUGUUGAAGGUCAAAAGUAUCCUUUAUCCCAAUCUGCAGAGUCUCCCAAUAUUUUUAAAGGUGUUGCUCCAUCUGCUAAUGAAUAUCAGUAUGCAUUAACAGGCGGAUCCGGUGAUAUUAUUGAAACAGCUCUCCGUAAACAACAAGCUGGUAUUACUACAACUGGUAAUGAAUUCUUUAAUAGAUCACAAACUGUACAUGAUGUUCCACCUCUUCCUCAAGCUUAUAACCCUAUCCAUUAUUCUCUCGUCAGUAACAUGAAUCGUUCUAACGAAAUUGCUACUAUUAUUUUAAAUGUGAAUGCUACAGGCUUUGGAGACAUUUUAAAAAAUCCUCAAGCUAAGCACGACUAUACCAAUGUUUUCAAUAUGACUUAUAUCUCUAAUAAGGAAAUUUACACUUUCACUAAUGCUGGUAUUAAGACCAGUGGUCAAUCUUCAAAAGACUUUGCUAAACAAUCUUACAAGAUAAAAUUAAAUGAAUUUGCUACAGAAGGCACAAAAGAACUUUUAUAUGGUCGAACAACGUUUAAAUUAAGAGCUCAUGAAACGGAUCCUACUUUUGUUCGUGAAAAAUUGGCAAUUGAUUGUCUAGCUGCUGCAGGCGCUGCUACAGUUGAAGGCAAUUUUGUACGUCUUUAUGUGAAUAAUGAACCCUAUGGCUUAUACUUGAUGAUUGAUGAUGCAACGAAAAACUUUAUUAAUAAUAUUUUACGUGGUGGAAAUCUUGAUUACCAAUAUACGGGUCCUACUUAUAAGGGUAAUGCCAUGAAUGAACAACUUGAGGGUAAUUUGGUCUACAAAGAUGAUUUACAAGAAUCAUAUAACGAUACAAUUUACAAGCUUGAAGAUGCGGGUAACAUGAAGAAAACGUUAAACAAAACAAAUGAAAAGACACCUCUUAUUGAAUUUAUCAAGGAGCUCAACUCAAUCGAUCCUACAAAAGCCACUGAUGCUGACAAUAGGGGCAAUAUUGAAAACCUUUUGGAUCCUCAACAUACUAUGAUUCACAUGGCCAUCAAUUUCUUGAUAGGUUCUUGGGAUGGUUUCUGGCAUCAAGCGAGUAACUAUUAUCUUACAAAGGAAACUAGCUCAGAGAAAUGGACCCUUAUUAGCUAUGAUUUUGAUGAAACCUUUGGUCUUGGAGCCCCUCGAUACAUGGCUACUACACCUUACACUAAUUUUUCGCGUCCUAACUCUCAACGUCCUCUUAUUGAUGUCUUUCUUAAAUCACCUUAUUAUAAAGGAGAGUUUGAAAAAACACUUCAAACUAUCGUGAAACGUUUCUUUAAACCUAGUGUCAUUAACCCUCGUCUUGCAGCUUGGAAACAAAUGCUUCAAGAAGAUGUUGAAUGGGAUAUGUCUAUUGAAGAUAAAUCUGAAGGUAUUCGACCUCAAUGGACCAUCUGGAACUUUGCAAAUAACAUGAACACUACAGAUGGUGAAAGCAUGGGUGUCUCAGAAUGGGUUCAAAUUAGAUCUCUUGCCGUUCAAGAACAAUUGAAUUUUACUGAUAUUGACGAUGUAACACCUUUAGAAGCUUAUCAUAACAGCAAUAUCUGGGAUCCCAACAAUUAUGAAAAGGAACCACUUUAACCCUUGUUGCUUGUGCUAUUGGACUUGUUUUAUAAUAUAAUUUGAUACUCUAACAUAUAAUUAUAAACGUAUAUACACAUAUUCUAUGUAUAAUACAAUUUUUUUUCCCUCUUUUCUUUAAUCG